UUUUCUUGCACAUAUACUUUUUGCGAGUCGUCUGAUCCUCUCAUAACAACACGUAGGUUCAGACACAAAACAAGUAGAGUAAUCAGUACAGGACACAGGAUAUACAGUACGACAACUCCGUCAGCGAGGAAUGCUCUGGCAGCACAAGGACAGUGUUUAUAAAGUCAUGGUGGAACAGUGAACACUGCGUUGCUAAACAGUGUUACGCUUCACUGCAGGAGGACAAUGUUGUUUACGGUGGCGCUGCUGGUGGUGGCGGCGUGGUUGUACUCCAAGUACUGUCAUACCUACUGGGCGGCACGCGGGGUGGUCACUAUACCAGGGUACAUUCCCUUCCUAGGCCACAGCCACAAGCUCUUUAGAACGUCCUACCCAAGAUGGCUGUACAUUGAUGAGGUAUACAAGAAUCUUACUGGAUCCAAGUUCUGUGGAUACUAUGACCAACUUACACCCACUUUAAUGCUGAUGGACCCUGAACUAGUAAAGACUAUCCUUAUUAAAGAUUUUAACCACUUUGCCGAUCGCCGGAACUUUGGUAUGACCUCAAAGAGGGACGAGACGGUUAAGGAAAUGCUCUCAUUUUCAAAUGGGGACCAUUGGAAAAGAAUCCGCUCGGUGUUGUCCCCCAUAUUCAACUCCAGCAGAAUAAAGGGGAUAUUCCCUUUGGUGGCGCUGAAGGCUGAUGCUCUGGUAGAUUAUAUACACAGAGAAAUAAAAAGCCACUCAGCUCUCCCACUUAGGAAAACAUUUGCUUUGUAUACCCUGGAAGUCAUCUCGUCUUGUGCCUUUGGGGUGGAGACAAAUUCUUUUCAAGGUGAAGAACAAAUCAUUAACGAUAUGGCAGAUAAGCUAUUAAAUGUAUCUGGCUCUCGUUUUCGUAAUAUGAAGACGCUUCUGUUCUUUUUAUUUCCAAGGAGUUGCUCAUUUUUUAAGAUCAGCUUUUCCCCGCCUGAGAUAGUCUUCUUUGAGAACGUCAUUAUGGAGACAAUGAAGCAGAGAGAAAAAGGAGGAAAGCGCGGCGACUUCCUAGACCUGAUGAUGGAGGCUCGCGAGGACCAGAAGGACCCUGACUUGAAGGCCCCAAAAUACCCACUGAAGGACGUUACUAUAGUGGCCGAGUCCAUAUUGUUCAUCAUAGUCGGGUACGACACUACAGCCACCACCCUCUCCUUCAUCGCCUUCCUUCUGGCUCAGUACCCCGAGCAACAGCAGCGCCUGCGACAGGAGCUGAAAAACAUUGUCAAGGAAUAUGGAACACUCACCUACCAAGGCAUCAUGCAGGCCAAGUUUCUCGAUGCUUGUAUAUCAGAGGCAUUAAGAUUGCACCCCACGAUCAACUUCGUGGAGCGGAUUUGCACCAAAGACUACAACAUCUCAGGUACUGAUAUGAUCAUCCCAAAGAAGACCAUAGUAAGCAUCCCGUUCUGGAGCCUCCACAAGGACCCUCAGUACUGGGCUGACCCGGACGUCUUCAGUCCAGACCGAUUCCUGCCAGAGAACAAAGACAAAAUUAAGAGUGGUACUUAUCUUCCCUUCAGUCUUGGUCCGAGGAACUGUAUCGGGAUGCGGUUCGCCUUGAUGGAGGUCAAGUUGGCGCUGGCCAAGAUUCUCCUGGAUUUUGAGGUGAGCUGCGCACCUGGCCAAGAGCAGAUGGAGUUUGCUAAAUCCUUUGGAAGCAUGAGACCUUCACCAGACAUGAAAAUCGUCUUCAAGCCGUUGAUCAACUGUGAACAAUAACCUGCAGGGAGAGGCUGUGACUUCUCCCACACUGUUGUGAAAGAGGAACAGUGAUGUAGAGGAGCAGGAACACUACAGUAGUGUUGAGAAUGUGAGGUGAGCAACAACACAGUGGCCUCAAGCAUAUAUACAAGAAUUCUCCUCAAAUUAUCACAAUCAAUAACACUGCUCUUCGAUCAUGGUGACGAAAAAUCAUGAACAAUAGAAUAACAAUUUCUUCAUAAAAAUGUAAUUUUAUGAGUUAGAUAAUAUGAACUGUGCCAUUAAGUUGAUUCACUUCCAUUCUAUUUCCAUUCAUAAUUGUUUUUUGUAAUUAUAUUUUUUAAAUCUCUCACACUACUCUGACGCAUAACAAACCUUCCCUCAUGAUCAGAUCCUAUAGAGGCCACCACUAUCGCUUGCUAAGCCUCGGGAAGGUGAAACUCAGACGAGGUUCAACUGAAACUGUUGCAACUGACAGUGGGAGGUCCGCACAGGAUAGUGAUCACUGAGGCUGUCGGCCUCAGAUCACUGUGGCCAGUUUGUCUGGGGAUGGAAGAGUCUCCAUUAACCCUUAAUAGAAGCAGCUGCUCCUCUACGACUGGCUGUUGCAACAGUCUGCGGGUAAAAGUGACCUACCUGCUUUUUAAUGUCGAGGGGCUGAGCUAAGAACACUAAGCUCUUGAAGUUUGAUCUAUACUAGAGCAAGACGUUCACCGACACUGUACAUAAAGGAUCAUCAGUAUCGAAAUAUAUGGAGAAUAAAUGAUUUAAACUAC